UUCCGUUAAACAAAGAAUUACUCGCUCUGUGCCGCUCUGAAUGCGAACGUUGUGAAAGGAGUAAAUACCCACACGCGAGAGUACCUGUUGGACCUACAGGAAAGCGCAAACUGGAGACAAAACAGCAGAAACAAGGAAAACAAAACGAACUGAAAGGGAAACACAAGGGACGUCUCUGGAAUUCCUCGUUGGGUGUAACUUUCAGCCCUCAGACCGGUAGUUGAGUCUCACAUCGGGGCCUCGGGAAAUGAUGACUGGGUGAGAAAUGAACGCGCCGUUACCGCAGAAAAAUAAGCGAAUCUGCUAAGCGGCUGGCGAACACCAAAACAAUGAGUGUGUUUGUCUUUGUGGACAGAAAUGAUGAUUGCGGAGGGUGUAAAAGUAGCAGAGUUUGAGGGAAGCUAACAGGCUACUCAGCCACACCCUCCCGCCGCUUCCUGAUACGCAAGAUGUAGCGGGAGACUCACAACCGACGCGCGACUCUUUCAACGGUAAACCAAGUUCGUUACCGAUUUCGGAAACUGUAUUAAAACUCCCAUUAACGGAAUGGCAGGCGAAAGCGAAACUAUCUGCCUCUUGAUGUCCGUCGCUUUUCUGCUGGAGAGGGCGUGUGGACAAUAGAUAUGCAUAAGGAACUGAGUUUUCCCACGGAACUUGGAUUGUGUUCGAAAAAGGAACGGCUGGAAGUCGUUCUAGAACGUCUGACGAGUUUUGGAUUUGUCGCGGGAUGAUGGUGCCGUUGGCGGCGGGGCGCACACGCGUCUCGCUUCGGUCGGAGGAUCAGCAAGAGGGUCAAUACAUCAUCAUCAUUAUCAGCAGCAGCAGCAGCAGAAUCACAUUGUUAAACGUGGAUCUAAAUGCAAGUCAUUUACAUGGCACGAAGAACACCUGAAAUGAUACGUAGCGAUUCUGGAAGUCAACCUGCACUUUGCCUUUAUCCGGGCAUCUUCUCGUACAUGGCACUGCAAUAGCCCUUUUCCUGUAUUUUUAUUUUUUAAAGAGAGAGAGAGAGUGUGUUUUUGGUUUCUUUGCAUUGUUGGAGCAACAUUGACAACCUGUGAAACUGAACAGACUAGCCUACCUUCACAAAGGUAGUUGUGAAUUUUUUUUGAGGAGGGUGAUUAUGCACAGCUAUAUCAGAUUAUUUAAACAAUAGGCUACUCAGUUUUAUUAAUUGAUUAAUUGAUUGAAGGGAUAUUUAAUUAGAUCUUUCGUCAACAUUUGUUAAACAAAAAAUAUAUAUAUUUUUCUGAAGUACUUCCCUCCUAUUCCGAGUGCAUCGAGUGAAGUUUCAUGUUUUCGCAAACAAGCUGAAUAGACUUUAUUUUUCUUCUGAAGGACAUCAUAGGCCAGUUUCACUCCGUGAGAAGCUGUGGAAGUCUUUUAAUUUACUGAAGAAAAUGACAUGAGGCACAUGUUACCACACAAGAGUGUGUGUUGCCAUCUUUAUUUUGAACAUUAGAGCGACCACACUACUAUGGCUAGUAGUGGCUCGGGGAAAUCAGAUAGCGAGGUUCCUACCAACAUCCUUAGCGGCAGCUUGCAACAAAGGAAAAGACUUUUAUCCGUCUGCGACGCAUGCAAGAGCAAAAUGCAGCUGGUGGCCGACCUGCUCCUGCUGUCCAGCGAAACCAGGCCGGUGGUGAACACUGAAGGCCAGCCUGUAGCUGAGACCUUCGAGAAAUGCCGCGACACAGUGAUCGCCAGAACCAAGGAGCUGUCUAUUAUCGUUCAUGACAUUCAGAGCCAACUCAACAUGGGGAAGUUCCUGGAGGUUGGCGACCGGCUGGUGGAGAUGGGGGAUCUGGUGGUCUCAUUGACCGAGUAUUCAGCGCACGCUGCUUAUUUAGCAGCUGUGGAGAUCCCGGGGUCUCAAGCUGCAGUUUCAGGCCUGGUGGAUCGGUAUAAAGUCACUCGAUGCCGGCAUGAAGUGGAGCAAACAUGCAACAUUCUGCGCCUCACAGCAGUGGGGGAUCUAACACCUCCGCUUCUUCUGGAGGUCUCGCAGAACAUCCUGAAGAACCUCACCAUGCUCACGGACGCCUCUUCUCUGGCCAGUGAUAAAUCUAAGGAUAAGUUCGCUAAGGAGCAGUUUAAAGCUAGUGUCAAGUGCAUGAGCACCAGUGCUACAGCUCUGUUAGCGUGUGUCCGCGAGCUCAAAGCCUGUCCCAGCGAGCUGACCCGGAACCGAUGCGUCCUCUUUAGCGGGCCGCUCAUCCAGGCCGUGCAUGCUUUGGUGGGAUUCGCCACAGAGCCGCAAUUCCUGGGCAAAGCUGCCAGCAUCACCCCUGAUGGCAAAGGGGUGCAGACUGCGGUUCUGGGCGGCGCCAUGAGCGUGGUUUCGGCCUGCGUGCUCCUAACUCAAGGCCUCAGGGAUAUUUCCCAGCACCCCGAAAGCAGCCAGCAGAUGCCCGUCUAUCGGGAGCGGCUACGAAACUCAGCAUGUGCCGUCUCUGAUGGAUGCACACUCCUGUCUCAGGCACUAAGGGAACGAUCCUCACCUAGAACUUUACCGCCAGUUAACUCUCAUUCUGUGAAUUAAGUCCUCCCCGGCACCCUGUUCAAUUGUUAUGUUUUAGUUGAUUUUAUUCUUAUUAUUUUUUUGAAGUACCAAAGAAUCUAAUCAGGUUUAACCCCACAUGGUAUGAGUUAGGGCUGGGCGACGCAGUGAAUAUUGGAUUCGGUUUGGUUUUAUUGAUGAUUUAACAUUGUGGAAAUGUCAAAAGUUUUUUUUUUUUACAAUAAAUUAAACAGCAUCAGG